AUGGACAUGCAUCAAGUCGUCUCCAGAGUACAGACGAUCGAAGCUCUGCGCCAUUUUGUUGCUGCAUUUGACGUUACACAUGUGGCCUCAAAGCCGAUCCAACUGCGCGUUACGGCGGACGCGGUGGUAGACGUAAUGAAUCAGGAGACGUUAUUCCUCAUCCAGCAGAAGCAUUACUCACUCCACCACCAGCGGACACUAUUGGAUGCACGCAAUCAACUGCCAGUAGCGACACUAAGACUCAGUAUGUUUAACAGAACGCCGACUUAUUCGGCUUACCCACGGACGGAGCAUGAAGAGACGCCGUGUUUGUUUAAGUUCACAGUUGACGAUACAACAGUGCGCUCCGAGUUUACGGACCUAGUAGGCGGGCAGCAUUGCACAAUUGGCUGUGAUCCAGCCGUGGAUGGAAGUGAAUCGCUCAACUUUUGGCUCGUUCGCGGGUCGGAAGAGACGGAUCGUGUGCAACAGACUAUCGCCAGACUCACGUACACGCACAAGAACCACCCCAAGACGAAAGCAGAGCAGAGCGUUGUGCUGGAUGUAGCUCCAGGCGUGGAUCAAAUGAUGAUGGUCCUUAUUUGCAUCGGUCUUUUAGACGAAGGUUGUGAGGACGAGCACACGCAGGAAUAG